AUGUUUGACCUUUUUCCUAUGCUCUUAUCUUCUGUCGCCUGUUAUCUGUUUCCUAUCUUUGCAUCUUACAAAGCGCUCAAGACACAUGAUCCCACCCAGCUGACGCCAUGGCUGAUGUACUGGGUGGUGCUCAGUUGCUGUCUUCUCGCUGAGUCUUGGGUUUGGUUUAUUGUGUCAUGGAUUCCGCUUUACGGUUAUUUCCGUUUACUCUUCCUCCUCUACCUUAUCCUCCCACAGACACAAGGCGCUCGGCGUCUAUACGAAGAAUAUGUCCAUCCUUAUCUUGAAAAGAACGAGACGCAGAUUGACGACUUCAUCGCAAGCGCACAUGAGCGCUUGACUGCUGCCGGAAUAUCUUACCUCAAGCUCGCUAUCGAGCAGUUCAAGGUCAAGGUCCUCGGUCUUCCACCAUCCGAACCCGAGUCGCCUCCUCCCGAGCCUGCGCAAGGCUAUACGCAGUCGCUUCUGUCACGAUUCAACGUCCCUGCCGCGCGAUGGGCUGGUAACAACAGCAGCGGCACCGACUUUUACAGCCUACUCUCCAGCGCCGUGGCAGCUGCUACCAACGCAGGUGCAGGUGGACAAUCAGCUGGUACGAGAACAAUUGGAGGUGAGCCCACAAACUCGGGCGCAUUGAUCCCACCGCAUCUUCGCGAGUCUGGGGCCAGAAUGGACUUCAUCUCGGCUCAGCGCGAUCGCCUAAAUGUCCUGAUCUCGGCACUUGAUCGGGAGGCCCAGGAUCUUCGUACCGAAGCCCAGCGUGCCCAGACAAGCACAGGCACUCGCCGAGACCCCAUGGCCUACGGAGGUUAUGAUAAUAAUGAGGAGGACGAACCUACCCAGCGACCACCUAGUGGACUAAGCGGAUGGAGUGGUAUUAGCAAGAGUCGCAGCGAGACCGAUUUCGAAAGGAUCGACGCAGAGACUAGUUCGGACGAAGACCAUCGCCAGGUGCGCCGAAGAAACCAGGGAGCUGGCACUAGAAAUGCAUCAGGCUCAUGGGUUCCUUGGGGAUGGGGCGGUGAUGCCGCAUCAGGUGGUGGAGCGAGCGCCUCCGGAAGGGAAAGAUAG